CAAUCUUCCUUUUCAAAUAAUCAGUUUAAGCUCUGUUUCCUACCAUACAAAAUUAGCAGAACAGAGAAAACAGAGCUUCACUGAAUUCCCAAAAUCACCCUCCAAGAAAAUGGCUAAUUACUCAAACGCUCACAUUUGCCACUGCAUGAGCCGCCUAUCCACUCUCCGGCGCAACUCACACCUCACCAUCUCCGGCAACCGACGACAGAUCGGUCCGGAAUUCGUGGACGGCGUAUUGGCUCUCGCACAAGGCUUGCUCAGCCUCGGCCUCGGCUGCGGCGACGUCGUUGCCAUAGCGGCCUUUAACAGUGAGUGGUACUUGGAAUGGUUACUAGCGGUUGCAUAUGUGGGAGGCAUUGCUGCUCCUCUGAAUUACAGAUGGGGGUUUGAAGAGGCAAUGCUGGCUAUGGAGAUGGUGAAUCCGGUAUUGCUGGUGAUGGAUAAGAGCUGUAACCACUGGUUUCCGAAACUCUGGAAUUAUGAUUUGGCUUCUCUAAGAUGGCGGGUUUCCUUGGAGGAAGAAAAAAAUUCAAUAGGAACAUGGAACUUUUUAAGUAUGGAAGCAAUAAAGAAGGGUUUUGCAAGGGAUUUACCUUUGAGUUACUCAUGGGCACCUGAGGGCACUGUUCUUAUUUGCUUCACAUCAGGAACCACAGGAAAGCCGAAGGGAGUUACAAUAAGCCAUUCAGCUUUGAUCGUACAGUCCCUAGCUAAAAUCGCCAUUGUCGGUUACAGUGAGGAUGAUGUAUAUUUGCAUACUGCUCCAUUGUGCCACAUUGGUGGUUUGUCAUCUGCCUUUGCCAUGCUGAUGACCGGCGCUUGCCAUGUCUUGAUACCUAAGUUCGAUGCUAAAUCAGCCAUUGAAGCCAUAGAGAAACAUGGUGUAACUUCUCUAAUCACUGUCCCUGCUAUAAUGGCUGAUUUAAUUUCUGCCCCAAGGGGUAAGGAAAUUUGGAAAGGCAGAAAUAGUAUUAAGAAGAUAUUAAAUGGAGGUGGAGGUCUAUCAACAAAACUUAUCAGAGAUGCAGCCAAAUUCUUCCCAAGAGCUAAGCUUCUCUCAGCUUAUGGGAUGACAGAGACAUGCUCUUCACUAACAUUCAUGACCCUUUAUGACCCAAAACUGGAAAUUCCCAUCCAGCCACUUGAGACUUCUGAUGGAAGAAAACCCACUUCGGUUCACCCACCGCAGGGUGUUUGUGUUGGAAAGCCUGCUCCCCAUGUAGAAUUGAAGAUCUAUGUUGAGGGUUCUUCUCGCAUUGGGAGGAUUUUAACAAGAGGUCCACAUGUAAUGCUUAGAUAUUGGGAUCAAAGUCCCUCAGAUGCAUCAGACUCCAGCAACAAAGAUUGGCUUGACACAGGUGAUAUUGGGUAUAUUGAUGACUAUGGCAAUUUACGGCUAAUUGGACGUACUAAUGGCCGGAUCAAGAGUGGAGGCGAAAAUGUUUACCCUGAAGAGGUAGAGUCAAUUCUAUCACAACAUCCGGGAGUUAUGGGCAUUGUCGUUGUGGGAAUUCCAGAUGCUCGUCUAACAGAGAUGGUUGUUGCUUGUAUUCAAUUAAGAAAUGAUUGGCAGUGGUCACAUAGAAGUAGUCUUAGACACUCAAUUUCUGAAGAAAGACAACAUUUAUCCAGUGAUAUUCUACGACAGUACUGUAAAGAAAAGAAUCUAGCUGGGUUCAAGAUACCAAAGAUACUUGUUUUGUGGAAGAAGUCAUUCCCACUAACAACCACAGGAAAAAUCAGGAGAGACCAAGUCAGGGAACAAGUAAUGUCUCAUCUACAAUCCUUUUAUAGCAAUCUUUGAUUAAACUAAUUUCUCUUUGCGGUAUAUUUAGUUCAACAUUGUAACCCUCAAAAAUCUUUCUUUAUUUUGUCCCUUUUGUCUAGACAGAAGAACAGAAUUUUUAAAUAUUUUUCUACACAGAGCCAUUUAAAGCCA